CUUGGAGUUCAUUUGAGUUUCAUUCGAUCUACAGAACUGGAUUCCAACUGGUCUUGGUUUCAGCUCAGAUGCAUGCAGGUUGGAGGAAAUGCGAAUGCUUCUGCUUUUUUCCAUCAACAUGGAUGCACAACAAAUGAUACCAAUGCCAAGUAUAACAGUCGUGGUGCUCAGCUGUACAAGGAGAAGAUCAAAUCUCUUGCAACACAGGCCACAAGAAAACACGGUACUGAUCUGUGGACAGAUGGAUGUGGAAUGCCACCUGCAUCACCUCAAAGCAAAGAGGAGGAAGAAGACUUCUUCGCAUCCCAUGUUUCUGCCAAGAAUACAGAGUGGAUGUUACCAGAGCCAGUUUCUCUCCAGCAGAAAACUUCAGAAAACAUUCUAGAUUCCUGUGAAAGACCAGAACAUGGACCAAGUGUGGAUUGCCUUAGCACAUCACCGCAACCUGCAUUAGAGAACACCACCUUCAUAAAAAGGAAGCCAAAUCAACCUAAGAAGGGGCUGGGUGCCAAAAAAGGUGGUUUGGGGGCCCAAAAAGUGAGCAGCCAAAGCUUUAAUGAGAUUGAAAAACAAGCACAAGCUGUAGAUAAAAUGAAGGAACAAGAGGAUCUUCAUGGCAGUAAGAAAACCGAGAAGGAAGAACCACUUGUAUCAUCUUUACGGUUGGCCUACAGAGAUUUUGAUAUUAAAGCAAGAGAAGAAAGCUUAAAUCUGUCUGGUAAGAAGAAAACUGAAUUGGAGAGGCUUGGCAUGGGCUUGGGCAGCAACAGGAGUGGCAUUUCUCACUCAGUCACCUCAGAUAUGCAAACAAUAGAGCAGGAAGCACCUGCAGUUGCAAAGCCAAAGAAGAGCUACACAGAUGAUGUGGAAGACUCAUAUUUCUCUUCUAGUUCAAGGUACUAUGAUUCUUCAGAUUUAAGGAGCAGCACUUUCUCUAAAUGGGAUGACAAUUCAGAUUCUUUUUGGAAGAAAGAAAAUAAUAGUAGAGAUAUUGAUAUAAUGUUAACUUCAAAAAGCACAGGAUUUUCAGACAGGCCUGCAUCUCAUCGUAAGCCUGAGUAUGAACCACCUUCAAACACAGAUGAGGCCCAAAAAAAAUUUGGCAAUGUAAAAGCAAUUUCUUCAGACAUGUAUUUUGGAAGGCAGGACCAUGCUGAUUAUGAAGCAAGGGCUCGACUAGAAAGGCUUUCUGGAAGCACAUCUAUAAGUUCUGCUGACUUGUUUCAAGAUCAGAAAAAACAACCAUCAGGAAGCUACAAUAUUACAAAUGUCUUGCCUUCAGCUCCAGAUAUAGCUCAGUUUAAAGAAGGAGUGAAAUCAGUGGCUGGAAAGCUUUCAGUACUUGCUAAUGGAGUCAUGACAUCUAUACAGGAUCGAUACGGUUCAUAA